CCUGAAGAGGCUACACCCGUGUGGAGUCUUACAAGAGCCUUCCAAAAUGAGAAGCCAAGAAGACUUGGCCAAAGUUUCCUCUUAAGUUUCGUGGAGAGAGACUCAGGUAUAGAAAUAUCCUUACUGCCACCUGACCCGAAGCUGGAGAAACUGCUGACAGCUUGGAGACCAGAGUAGGUGGCUCCCAGGUAGAUGGAUGCGUGAGGACUUUGUCGUUGCAGCCCUGCCAUGUGCACCACUAGCGCCUGCGACCUGGAGGAGGUCCCCCUGGAUGAUGAUGACCCAGACAGCAUGGAAUUCAAAAUCCUGGAGUUCUAUGUCAAACACCACGUCUUCAAGAACACCUCUGCUGUCCUCUCACGAAAGCUCCCGAGAACAAGAAGUUUGUCCCAGAGAGGACCGGCAAGGAAAGCAUGGCCACAGGGACCGUGGACUUGCAGAGAUUCCCAAUCCACGGAGAAGGCCAUAAAUCUUGCCAAGAAAAAGUCAUCUUGGAGAACACUCUUUGGAGUAGCAGAGAAGGAGGACUCUCAGAGCUCGCCUCCGGAGUUCCGUUCGGAGGGACCUCAGAGUGGUCCUCACGGUCCGCAAUGGCCGAGGUCCCUCUCCAAUGUGGAACAGCGCUUAGAGCGUGAAGCCGUGGACCCCAAAGUUGUUUCCAUUGCCAACCGAGUUGCUGAAAUCGUUUAUUCCUGGCCGCCGCCAGAAAAGAUCCACAGCCAGGGAGGAAGCUUCAAGUCCAGAACGACUGUGGCACGCCAGGGUCCCCAGUACCAGGGCUUCCAGCCUGAAGCUGCAGGUGGGAAGAGAGACGGAGAAGACCAAAUAAUAGCCAGAAUCGUCGAGCUGCUGAAAUAUUCGGGGGAUCAGUUGGAAAGAGAGUUGAAGAGAGACAAGGCUUUGAUGAACAUCUUCCAGGACGGGCUGUCCUACCCUGUUUUCAAGACCAUCACAGACCAGUUCCUAAGGGGUGUGGACACCAGGGGAGAAUCAGAGGUCAAAGCUCAGGGCUUUAAGGCUGCUCUUGCAAUAGACGCCACGGCCAAGCUUACAGGCAUCGACAGCCAUCCCAUGAACAGGGUGCUGGGCUUUGGAACCAAGUACCUGAAGGAGAACUUUUCGCCCUGGAUCCAGCAGCACGGUGGCUGGGAAAAAGUACUUGUGAUAUCACAUGAAGAAGUAGACUGAAACAUCAGAGGAUCUGUAAUCUGGAAUACUCAUGGUCCAACUCUGAUCUUGUGUACAUCAGUCUUAGCACAGACUAUGGGAGAAAACAAAAAUGGACAAGGCAGAUGGACCAUCAAAAUCUGCAAAACCAUUAUUCCUGCAAAUCAAGAGGCAUCAGGAGAGGCCUUGAAAUCUCCGGCUCAUAGAAUCUAGUAGCAUGGCCCUCGGCAUCCAUGUUUUCAGGUCUCCACUGAGUGUGUAAGGAAGUCUAGAAAGACAAGUGGUAAUUUUCCAUUCAAAUGCUUAGAACAGAAGCCAUCACCCUGCCUCUGCUGGCCACUUUAGUGCAAGUGUGUGACAGAUGUUUGUUGACCUCAUGAGGGUGAAAUGAUAAACGGUGCAUUUGCUUACUCUUUGGAUUCCAGUACUACUUAUUUUUCAAACUUCACUUGAGAUGGCCUGAUAAUGACAUUGUUUCAAGCCUACCUUUAGGCCGAUGUGGCUGUUCGUGUUGGUAGACAGAGCUGAGACUCCUGAGUUUACUGCUGUAUCCACUAGCCUGGG